AUGAAGCUAGGGUAUAAUUGGACAAUAAUAGCUAUUGUUUGUGCAAGCACAAUAUUUGGAUGCUUCCUUUAUUGCUUAGGAUUCCAAAAAUAGUUUAGUAUUAUUGAAAAGCAUUCUUAAGUAGAAAAUCCUUAUAUUGAUGAGAUGCAUUUUGAAAAUGAAGAGUAGAGGAAUUUAUAUAAACAAGGAUGGUUUCCUUAAUUCAAAAAGAAAAUAUUUUUAUACCUCGUUGAUAGUCUUCGAUAUGACUAAGUGACAGAUGUGAAUAAGCAAAAAGAAAUUGUUGUCAAAGAUUAGAAAGGAGAAGUAGUAUACUUUCCUUCAAGCUUUACUUCGAUUACUGAAGCUCUAAAUAAUGAUAGAAAUAAUUCAUUACUAAUUAGAGGAGUUGUGGAUACCUAAACUAUGACAAUAACUAGAAUCAAAGCUCUUUCUACUGGCACUAUUCCUUCAUUCACAAGCAUGUUUGACUAGAUUUCUAGUUAAAAAGAUAUCGAAGAUAACCUGUUUUACUAAUUGAAACAAAGAUAAUCACCACAGGAGGUAAUUUAUCUUUAUGGAGUUGAUUUAUGGAAUCAGUAUUUCGCAGAGUAUUUUGACUAUUAGAGCUUAAAUAUCAACUCAAAUUUGCAAAAUAUGAUAGAUAAUAGUCCUAUCUUUAAUAAGGAAAUUUUAGAUAAGUAUUUGAAAAAUCCUAGUUAAACUAAUUGGACAUUCUUUAUCAAUCAUGAUGGAGGAAUAGAUUCGUUGAUGCACGGAGAGGUAAUUUAUAGAUUUGAAAAACCUUUCGAAAGUCCUCUAUAUUAAUAAGCAAUGGAUAUAAGUAAUAAUGCUACAAGAGAUUUUAUCUAAGCUAUAGAUGAGGAUACAACUUUUAUUUUAUUUUCUGAUCAUGGUUUUACAAAUUAUGGCACUCAUGGUGGAAAAGAAAUAGAAGAAAGACUUUCUGUGAUCUUUGGUUACGAUAAAAAAGGAUUCAUAAAAGAUAGAAAUAUUAGUUAAAAGAUGGAUCCUUUGUAUUUAGAUUCUGAAACUGAUUAGAUUGAUCUCUUGCCAACAAUUUGUAUGCUUAAAGGUCUAGCUAUUCCUAGCAAUAAUAUAGGAGCAAUCAUUCCAGAUUUUUUUAUAAAGGGUACUUCAAAUACCAUUAUUGCUAAUGCAUACUAUACAAAUAUGAGAUAGAUCGAAGAUUACUUUGAUGAAAGCACAAAGCAUCACAGUAAUUUAUCAAAGCAAACAUAUGAUCACAUUAAAGAUCUUACAUAGGAUAUUAAAGAUUCCUAUUAGCGUAUGUUUGUUAAGGAGACUUUUAAAGCAAGCUAACAAGAAUUAUCAGAAUUUAUUUCAGCAGUAAUUCAUUUAUCUCACAUUUCUAAAGAAGCAGCAAGAAAAGAAGGAGAAAUUAAAUACAUUUACAUGUAUUUCGCUUUUGCAACUAUAAUUGCAUCAUUCUUAUGCUCUGUCACUUAUAUCGUAUAUAAUGAUGCAAUAAUUAGUCAUAACUUUACUUCAUCUGAAAAGCACUUGAACAAAUUCAUCCUAACCAAAUUCAUUUUGGGAAGUUUCCUAAUCCACCUUGCUAUAUUCUUCGUUUUCACAGGAAUAAAUGUCCUGCUUCUAAUUAAUGUUGCUGCUUUUGUUAUUCUGAUCACCUUCACAAUUGAUUAUUUUUACUCUAGAUAUACUCUCUAUAGCUAACCAAAGUAUCUUCUAAAAGGAAUAAAAGUAUUUUCUUCAUUCAAGUUCGACAUACAAAACUUAGCUUACACAUUUUUGCUUUUGUCCUUUUCGUACAUCUUCAUUAACAUUGAUCUUGUUGAUGAUCUAGAUUUUUACAUUUUUUUGAUAACUUCAGCACUGCUUAUAGUGUUCACUCUCCAUUUAAUCUUUAUUAAAGGUAAAAUAUUUUCUAGCAAGCUAAAAGUGCUCCUACAAAUAUUUAUUGUUGGUUUUAUGAGCUUCUUCUGUAUGUAUAUGGACCCUUUUAUCUAAAAAGAUAUGAAAAAGAUUAACGAAAAAAACUAUUUAAAUAUAGAUUUUAUCAACAUUCUCUCUUAUGAUUUUUAUAACACUGUAAUUCCUCUUAUCAUAUUUGUCUGUUUCUAUUUCUACAAGUUGAAGGAUACUAUUAACCAAUCUGUAAGCUUGAGCAUGAGGACCAAAUUUGUGCUAUUUACUCUGCAUACUGCACUUAUAACUUUACUCUCAAUCUAUUUUGUGACUAAGAAUUACUUCCAUGAUAGCUAAGCGAUGUACUUCUUUAGAAAUUUCUUCCCUUUAUCAAGCUAUAUUCUCGUGAUUUUACAGGUUUUGUUUAUAAAUAUUUGUGACAGAUCAAACUUUUACUUUAUCAUAAAAUACAAGCUAUUUUUGUGGAGUCUAUUACCAUCAUUCUUAUAUCUUAUGGAUUAUUAAUGCAUAACUUUGAUAGUGUUUUUCUUCCAAACUUUUUAGUACUUCCAUAAUAUAAUAAACUUUUUGAACUAUCGUCCAUACUCUUUAUUAUACUCUUACUUGACAGUUGUGAGUUUCUAAUAUUUCUAUGUUUCAGGACAUAAAUUUGCUUUUGAAUUCAUGCAUUUGCACACACAUGCUGUUGGCUUAUUUGUUCAUAGUGAUUUCUUCUCAAACAUAAACGUUUUUGUUGGAAAUUAUUCAUUCUUCUUUUUAGCUUUCUUACAAUUCCCUAUAUUGCUAAAUAGAGACACUAAGUUCUAGUAUUUAAAAUCAAGCAACGAUCAUAUCUCAGAAAUUGCAAAGCCUCCAUAAACUCCAAUUCAUAAUGAUUCCAGUAUGAUAAAUGAUAAUCUGAACCAUGCUGAGAAUGAUCAGGUAAACUUAAUCUACAGUCAGCAUGAACUGACAGCUUAAGAAAGUACCUUCACUAAAUCUUAAGACAGUUAGUUAACUCCUUAGUAGGCUGAAAUAAAAAACAGUUUAACAUUCUCUAAAAGUUUAAUAUUUGUUAAUUUACCAAUAAUAAUGAGCUUAAUAAUCAGCUUCUUUAGAAACAUUUGCUUCCCAAUUACUACAGACUGGGAAAAAUACUCAACAGUUAUAGUUUUCUUAACAACUAUUUUCAUGCUUUCCUCUGUUUUUGCCUAGCUUCACUUCUUAUUGCAGCAAGUUUGUUACCAAUUCGAUUUCAAUAAAAAGUACUUAAAACUGCACUGA